AUGUUGUCUAUGGCAUGGUAUGUUGAAAAUGUCAAAUUGAAUUGCCAAAAUUAACGACUUUCAUUUCCUUGAGAAUUUGACUGUUUUUUAUUUUUUUUGGCUUACAAAUCGAGUAAUUACAAUAUUUUAAGCAAUACAUUAAAGCUAAUCUUUUGAGGAAUGGACGUCGACGAGCUAUCAUUAGCGGAGAGAUGCGAGAAUUUAAUGACCGCAGUCGUGGAGACACGGAAGCAGUUCGGAAAAAAGUGUAUUGACUACCAGCACAAAACUUCUCGUGUGGAAAACCAGUUGCUUCAACUACGUCUGGAGAGUUUCGCUAAUUACGAGAAACGGAAGCUCCCGCAGUUCGAUAUCGAUGACAUGGCCCUGAACAUCGAAGAUAUCAAAGCGGAGAUCAUGGAGAAACAGAUUAGGAUCGAGAAUUUGUGUAAAAGACUUAAUGAUACUCAGGAGGUGUUGUUGCAGGUGCAAAACGAUAAUAUUACGAAGAAAAUGCAUCAGCCGGUCACGAUAGAUACGCUUAUGGCGCGAGCUAAGGCUAAAAAUGGAGGGGAAUUGUGAGAUACAUGCCCAUGUAGAGGUAAAACCAUCAAGGAGGUAUCAGUGUGAAGGAAGAGUACUCCAGUGAAAACUAGACAAGAAUUUGUGGUCUGUAGAACCAUUAUUAAUAUUGUAUGUAUGUAUAAACUCUUUAUUAUACUAAACAAAUAUGACACAGGAUAGGCAGUACAAAUGCGAACUUAUCCCUUUAGGGAUUUCUUCUAGUUAACCUUUGACUUGAUGAGAUUGUGUGUGGACUUACCAAGGACACUUGGCUUUGCCCUUUUUAGCAAUUGUGCCUACUUUGAAACCAUAAUGUAUGCACAUUUAAUGAUAAGAAAAAAUGUGAUAUAAUUUCAUUAUUUUUACUUUAUCCAACAUUUCGACUUUGUUGCACUAGCUAUCGUUGUCGUAUGGAGGACUGACAUCCCAGUAAAAUGUCAAGAAAGAUAGAGAUAACUCUUCAAGUGGCAUAUGUUGUUUUUGAGUUGAAAGUUAAAUGAUGUAAUCGGUCGGGAGUCGACGGCCAACCACUCCAAGGGUUAAACAAUACUAGACCCGUAAGUUGUUGUUGAGAUUCAAGAUGGCGAAGAAGAUUAGGCUGGGUGAAGGAGUCCCGCAAUUUGAUCGCAAGUUUACCGCAAAUCUGUGUAGUAAGGUUGGCAACCCUAGCCAAGAGAUAGACACAUUUUACCUGCCCUGCUGUUCAUUCCUCUAGCCGCCCACCAGGACUCAAACUGCAAUGGAA